AUGCCUCACUUCUCUGGCUUUAGACAGUUUGAUGGACGAACUUGGCUGCAUUACGUGCUGGAGGGGAUAGCAGACGAUGAGGGGCCCAAUGUGCUGUACUACGCCCUGAUGGAGGAUUUAGAUUACGAUCCGGUGGUGUCGCGUGGACAACCUCGAUAUACCCAAGAGCAGAGGAACCGAAGAGAGGAAUCCAAGAUCGCCGCUGUCAAGACACUCUUGCAGGCAGGAGCCUCAAUGACGACGCAUUCCACCAUUCUUCUCCAUGCGCUGCACCAGGCAUGCGGCAACUGGGACGCAGAGAUGGUCGCGUUCUUGCUGGAACAGGGCGCCGAUGUUCAUGUUCGGGACAUACUCGGAAACACGCCGCUACAUUAUGUCGCGAUGCGUAAGCUGUAUUACCGCGAACCACCUCGGGAGGUCGUCCACGUGCUACUGCGCCACGGCGCUGAUAUCAACGCCGUGAACAAAUUCGGUCGCACCCCGCUCCAAGUCUGCUUCGAGUACAUUACAGAAACGUAUCGAGAAACGUACCGACCAGAAAAAGCAAGGACGAACUCUGCACCACUCGUUGCGCUCCUUGAAUCGGAACCUCGGCUGUUUCCCGGAAUCAUGCAGCUUAUGUUACGAGAUUUAGAUUGGUAUAGCGAACCCUACGAAAAGCUCUUGAUUCGUGAGGCGAUUGCUCUGGCUUUUGGGAAAACAGAGCCCGCAUCAAAGGAGAAGAAAAGUCGCAACAAUCAGUACAAAGCUGAAAAGGAGGCUCAAACGGUUUUCAUUGCCAUUUACGAUAUGCUUCGAGAUUACGUUGAAGACAAGACUGCCUUCCCCGAAUCCGUACAAAGUUUGCGGCGCUGGUCAACAGAUGAUUGGAGCUUAUUUUGGUCCAAGCGGCCAUGGUAG